CGAAGAAGUUGUCAGCUCAAAUACCUCCAGGAUCUGGCCUUAACGCUCACCAAGAACUCUGAGAAGCGGAGAGAAACCAUUACAGCCACUGCCAGCGGUGCCUCAGAGAGGAGACGAGGAGAACUUGGAUACAUUUCAGUCGAGGGCAAAAAAAAGCCAUGAAGUCGGCAAGCCUCUUCAUCCUGGCAUCUUUUGUGAUCUGCAACUUAGCGGUGUCUGAAGGACAGGGUCUCCCUGCUGAGGAUGAGAUGGACCGGAGUGCCACCAUAGACAACAUCAUGCUACAGAGAGCACAGAGCCUCCUGCUACGGUCUAUUCUCAAAAGGCUGCAGGAUGAAGACGGCAGAAAUGAUGGAGUUUUUUCACAGCCAGAAUGGGUGACAAAAAGACAGCAUCCCGGUAAGAGGUACUUUGAGGAUCUGGAGAAGCGGCAGCAUCCGGGCAGAAGAGAGGGGGGCGACGACGAGCAGUUCUGGGAUGCGCAAAAGAGACAGCACCCCGGCAAGCGCGAAGAUGAGAUGCAUUCGUUCAUGGAGUUCCAGAAGAGGCAGCAUCCAGGGAAGCGCUCCGCCGCGGGGUAUGUCCCUGACAGCCCCGUCGCGCUGCUCAGCGAACUUUCCAAGCGCCAGCACCCGGGCAAGCGCUACCUGGCGCUGCACAGCAAGCGCCAGCACCCGGGUAAGCGUUUUCUCGAUGACGAGGACGGCGAAGCGGACUGGACUGAGGACGGAGAGGAAGAUGCGCCCGAGCUGGAAAAGCGUCAGCACCCAGGAAAACGCUUUUGGGAUAACUCCAGUCCGGAAUUAAGCACCGGCAGUCCGUGUGAUGUUUUGGACUCCGACAGCUGCAGUAAGACGGGUCUCCUGCUCGACUUUCUGGAAAACAUCAGCAAAAGUCGCGCCGAGGAGAAGAGACAACACCCGGGGAAAAGGUUUGCACCAGAGGAGGAUUUAGAGGAUGGAGAGUAGGCGAAAUAAAUAGCUGUUCUCGCCAUGACACAGUAGCUACAUGUAUAAAAUAAGCGGUCAAAAUAAAAUAUGAAAAAUAUUUUAAUUAGUUAACCUUUUAAGCCAUUUUUCUUUGGCACACAGUUUGUAACAUUAACACAUAGCAUUAAUCUGAAAUUCUUCUUUGGAGCGCUUGUGCAUAAUUAUUCUCCAAAUCUUUGAACUUUGCUGUAAAUACAGAUUUAGGAUGAAGGGAUAAGCUAAUCUAUCUUAUUAUUUUUCAGUUAUGUUAGGGUUUGUUAUGUUCCCUAGAAUAUUUAUGAUUAAUUUGAACUGUAGGAUUCUAAUGACUGGCUUCAGCAAUGUUGCCUCU